AUGGCGGACGAACUGAGCUCACGGAGCAUGUAUUUAGCCGUUGUCGAAGUUACCUCGCUUAUAAUCCUGAAUGUUUUGAGCUUGACAGGAAACACGUUAGUUUGUAUUUCUGUCUACAAGAACGCGCGGCUUCGCACAACAACAAAUCUUUAUAUCAUUGCCCUGGCUGUCAGCGAUUUAUUAUCUGCUGUUUUUGUCAUGCCUUUUGGAACUGGUGUACUGUUAACCAGCAAGUGGAUUUUCGGCGGAGUGUUCUGCCAAUUUCACGCCUUCUUCAGCCUGUUUGUCAUCUAUGUUUCACCUGUGACCAUGGGUUUAACGGCUGUUAACCGUUAUGUGCGAAUGUGCAAGUCAGACAGACAAUAUAAGAAACUGUUUUCAGCCCACAAGUCGCGCGCUUUACUCGGGACUGUCUGGUUAUUUGUUGCUUGUUACACCGUUGUUCCACGUCUAGCUGGUCUACAAGCAUACGAGUUCGUUCAGGGCUACGCUCAAUGCUCCAUUGCUCAUCUCAGCGAAAGUGGUAAAUUAAUCCAUUAUGGCAUUGUUCUCACUUUGUUCUUUUUAACACCAUUAAUGGCGACGAUAAUAAGCUACAUAAAAGUUGCCAGGAUGAUAAAACAACACAACGCAGAUGCACUAUACGCAAUACAGCGAAGCGAGAGAAACACCUACAUCACAGCGCACGAGAUUAAAGUCAGUAAAUCUCUAUUUGCUGUUGUCUUUGCAUUUAUGAUUUGCUGGAUCCCUUUUUGGGUUAUCGUCGUUUUGCGACGGUUCCGUCUUGUCGCCAGCAUGCCUCGAAACGUUGAACUGCUAUGCAUGUUUCUACUGUAUUUUUCCAACACAAUUAAUCCGUUUAUAUAUGCUGGAAUGAAUCCUGUCUUCAAAAGAGAAUUCCGCAAAAUUAUAUUUUGCAAUCGUUAUCGAGGAAGUAAAGUUGGCUUUUUGUCGGCGGGUGCAGAGGUUAAGACAGAAGAGGUAGAAACCCUUAGCACUAUUUUGGCUAAAAAUCGAGUGAGGCGUCAAAACAAGCAUCUUUCUAAAUCAGAAUCUGGUCAUCGCCCGGAAGUGAGUCAAAUUUAUCAAACUGUAGAGGGAGAAAUGAGCUAUAUACUAAGCCAACAAAACAAUUCUAGUACGGCCCAAGACAUCCUAGACAGAAAAGAAUUGUAUCAGAUGGUCGAAGAAAAUCCAGUGCCUCCAUCGCAGCAGGAAAGCAAAUGCGAAACAACACAUCAAGUCUAA